UGCACCCUUAACAGAAGCAAUCUCAAGAUCAGUACAACGCGUGGAUUCCUCCAGAUAUGCCUACAGUCGCGAUCGGAAGACACAAUAACCACAUGGGUCCUUUCUCAGGAGGAGGUGGAGGUGGAAUAAACGUGUGUUGCUGCCGUAUUUGCACCUGUGUUAACUUCGGUUUCUUGGGUUCCCGGUUCGGUUUGAUGAAGGUGUGUGAAAUUAUGCUGGCCAGUUUUUGUGAAACCCUCCUCGUUCAAUUUGGAAUACCUUAUGCAAGUAACAUCGGAAAGGCUUUAUUCAGUUUCCAAGCAGCGACCGCAAGCACCUACACGACAACUGUGAUUCUGUUAAUUGUGUAUUGUUUCUCCGAAAAAUCAUUCCAUUUAAUGCGACAAAGUUUAUUUGAGACACUUUUCAAUAGUAUUUCUUGUUUAAUGUACGCAACUGCAUCGAGCUACAUGGCAACUGCAGCAAUUCUUUGGUUAUAUCCACAAUUUCUCAUCGUUCCCGGAUUCAUCGCAUAUCCAGCCAUGGUGGCAGUUUAUUGGAUGGGAUAUGUCGCAGCUUUAGUCUAUGGGGUAGACGCGUAUUGCGCAUACAAAUACUACAAAGGACGACGAUAACAUUUUGAUAUGAAACUCACGAAAAACUGCAAUAAUUUAUUGAUAUUUUAAUUUAAACUUUUCGG